AUAGAGCAAGGGCGGUGCCGCGUGGGCCCCUCCACCCACGGGAGACCCACGAGGAAACCCAGACAGAAAUGGAGGAAGACGAACAGGAGCAGCGGCGCAGGAAAGUAGACGCCGGGAGAGCGAAGCUUGCUCACUUCCGACAGAGAAAAACAAAAGGUGACUGUGCGCAUUCGCAGAAAAAGACGGCGAAGAGGAAGGGCUCGACUGUCGAUGCGUCUGUCCAGGAGGAGAGUCCGAUAGCCACCGAGGAUGGUGGGCUUCUUGGAGCAGGAAUGGUUUGCAAGAGCAUGUCAUGCAGCGACACCCCAGAUGGGGCCAGUGGGGCAUUUGCAGCUCAGGAGCAAGAACAAGACUGUGAACUGGUGAGCAGACCUACAGAUGGAACCGGCCAGCAGCAGCAGCUUCAGGCAGUGCACACCCUUGAGCUGGAAGCUCUGCGCCUGAGCCUGAACAACAUGCACACGGCACAGCUGGAACUGACCCAGGCCAACCUGCAGAAGGAGAAGGAGACAGCGCUGUCAGAACUGCGGGAGAUGCUCAAUGGCCGGCGAGCACAGGAGCUGGCACUGCUGCAAAAUAGGCAGCAGUGUGAAAUGGAGUUGGUGCGGGAGCAGCAUGCACGGGAGAAGGAGGCAAUGGCUCUCCGCUGUGGGCAGGAGACAGCUGAGCUGAAGGAGAAGUUACGGUCAGAGAUGGAGAAAAACGUCCAGAUGAUAGAGACUCUGAAGCAAGACUGGGAAUCUGAAAGAGAGUUAUGCUUGGAAAAUCUACGCAAAGAGUUAUCUGCAAAGCAUCAGUCAGAAAUGGAGGAUUUGCAAAACCAGUUUCAGAAAGAAUUGGCAGAACAGAGAGCUCAGUUGGAGAAGAUGUUUCAAGCCAAAAGUGAGGCUGAAGUUUCUCUGAAGAACCUGGAAGCUCAGCACCAGGCAGCCAUCAAGAAGUUGCAGGAAGACCUGCAGUCAGAACGUAGCCAGUAUUUGCAAGACAUGGAGUUGAAAUUCAGAGAACGGGAAAAAGAAAAACAACUGGAGUUAGAGAAUCUUCAGGCAUCUUACGAAGAUCUGAAGGCCCAGUCACAAGAAGAAAUCAGGCACCUCUGGUCCCAGCUGGAGUCUGUGCGAACAAACAGAGAGGAACCAAGUGAGUCACGGGAGCUGCUUCUGGCCCAAACAUCUCACCUGGAGGAGCUGGAACACCUGCGGUGGGACUUUGCUCAGCAGCAGCAGCGAGACAGAGCCCAGCACGAGUGUGAACUGGAGCAGCUGAGGGUCUAUUUUGAGAAGAAGUUGAGGGAUGCUGAGAAAACCUACCAAGAAGACCUGACCGUGUUCCAGCAACGGCUGCAGGAGACGAGGGAAGAUUCUUCUCUGGGAAGUUCAUCUGGUGUAUUUUUAGAAGAGACAUCUGGCAGAGAAAGAAAAGAGCACCCUGACCAAUUUAAUCUUCAACUGGAGCAGCAGAAGGAGAGCAUGACAUGUUUACAAGCAGGGUUAGAAGAAGACCACAGGUGCCCAGAAGUAUUGAGUUCUUCCCUCCAUGUCCCGCUCAAAGAGGAUGAAUCAGACAGACACUGCGUAGGGCUUGAGGUGCUGGAGCUGGAGCAGCUGUCAUCCACGCCUUCAGACCAGCACAGCCAAGAGCUCAUACAGGUGCAUCCCCAGUAUGCGCAGAAUGGGACGUUGGAAGUAAACACACAGGUGGCGGCCAGAGUCCUGGGUUUGGAAGCUGAGCACAAAGUUAAGCUUUCACUUCUUCAGACUGAGCUCAGGGAAGAAAUUGAACUCUUAAAAAUAGAAAACCGAAAUUUGCAUGAGAAGUUACAGCAUGAGACCCGUCUGAAAGAGGACCUGGAAAGUGUAAAACAUGCUCUAGUUGAAGAUCAUCAGGAGGAACGAAACAAAGCUGAGGAGAAAAUUCAGCUAAUGAAACAAGAGCUCAAAAAAAAAGAAGCGGAGUGGGAGCUUUCACAUGAGGACCUAAAGAGAAAAGCUGAGGAGAGAUUAGCCUCGAUGCUUCUUGAGCUGAGAGAACAGACUGAGUCUGAGAAACAGUCUAUAAUGAGCAGGUUUGAGCUGCGAGAGGCGAGCAUGAAGCACCUUCAGGACCAGCAGGCAGCCCAGAUCCUGGGCCUGGAGAGGUCCCUGAUGGAGCAGCAGAGCCGCCUGCGGCAGCUGGAACAAGGACUCACUGCAGAUGAGGCUCUGUUGUGCAGUCAGUGUGGCCAGGAGCCCCCUGCAGCCCAGGACGGGGAGCAUACCCUGCUACUCCGUGAAAAGGAGGACUGUGCCCUCCAGCUGAUGGUGGCCCAGAACAGGUUUUUGGAGGAACGUAAAGAGAUCAUGGAGAAGUUCACUGCAGAACAAGAUGCCUUUCUGCGGGAGGCCCAGGAGAAACACACCCAGGAGCUCCAGCUCCUGCAGCAGGGACAUCAACAACAGCUUCUGUCUUUGAGGACAGAGCUUGAGAACAGGCACCAGGCCGAGCUUGCUGAGCGGAUGGCCUCCCUGAAGAGUGAGCAGCGAGUCCUCCUUGAGACCCGUGUGGCUGAAUUGCAGGAAAAACAUGCUGCUGAAAUCAGUGCUUUGGAGACGAGGCAUUUGUCAAACCUGGAUGCUCUGGAGUCCUGUUACCUGGCUGACAUUCAGACUGUUCAGCAAGAGCACAGGCAGGCUCUGGAGCUUUUGCAAGUAGAGCUUGCAGAACAGCUACAGAGAAAGGACUCAUCUCACCAAGCAAUUUUGACUCAGGAGUUGGAGAAACUUAAGCUGAAACAUGACAAGGAGCUUCAAUCUGCAAAGGACAGCCUGAGAAUUGAAAUGAGCGCCAAACAUACAGAGCAGCUAACAGCCCUGUCCACUGAGCUACAGAGCGCACACCAGGAGAAGCUAGCUGCAGCCCUGUGUGAUCAGAGGCGCCAGCUGGAGGAGGAGAAGGUUGCAGCUCUGGACAGGGUAGGCACUGAGGUUCUGUUGUUAGAGCACCAGCACCAAGCCACCCUGCAGGAGCUGGGAGAUGCACUGGCAACUGAGACACAGAAGUCACGAGCAGAGCUGGCCAAGCCCCAGGAGCUGCACGGACAGGCUACGCAGUUGAAAGACCAAGUCAUAUCCCUAAGUCAGGAGAUAGAAGAGUGCCGCGCUGAGCUCGAAAGGCUGCAGCAGAGGCGUGAGAGAGAGAACCAGGAGGGUGCUAACCUCAUCUGCAUGCUCAGGGCAGAUGUGGACCUGUCUCAGAGUGAAGGGAGAGCACUCCGUGAUGCCCUGAGAAGGCUGCUGGGUUUGUUUGGAGAGACACUGAAGGCAGCUGUCACCCUGAAAAGCCGGAUUGGUGAGCGUGUGGGGCUCUUCCUGGACCACAUGGGUGCCGCAGAAGAAGGCCAAGCUCCAGCAGCAGCUCCAGCACUUGAUGAAAUGUGGUCUGAUGAGGCCCUGCUGGAGUUGGACAGAACUUUAUCUGAAGGGGAAGAGAUAUCUUCAGUGGCUGAAAUUAGCAGUCAUGUAUGUGAAAGCUUUUUAAUGAGUCCCGAAAGUACACUGGAAUGUGAGCAGCCCAUUAGGAGAGUCUACCAGAGCCUUGGCAUAGCUGUGGAUGGCCUCCUAGAGAUGGCCCUGGAUUCUUCCAGGCAGCUGGAGGAAGCACGUCAGAUGCAUUCUCACUUUGAGAAAGAAUUUCUCCAUAAGAACGAGGAGACUGCACAGCUUUUGCAGAGGCAGCAGGAGAUGCUGGAGCACUUUAGGGAGGAGAGCACCGCCAAGGCUGAGCUGGAGCUAGAGCUACACACAGCUGAGGGCCUCCUUGAAGGAUUCAAAGUAGAGAAAGCAGAUCUGCAGGAGGCACUGGGCAGGAAGGAGGAAUCAGAGCAGCAGCUGGUCCUAGAGCUGGAGAGCCUGCAGCAGCAACUACAUCAGGCAGACCAGGAACUGGCCACUCUGAGGCAUGAAAGUUCCACCCUGUGGAGCCAGAAGGAAGCCUUGGCUGCUGAAGCAGAAGCAAGAGAAAUGGCACUGCUGAAGGAAGUGGAAUCUCUAACCAGGGAGCAAUCGGAGGCCAGGAAGCAGUCGGAGAAGGAUCGCGCAGCUCUGCUCUCACAGAUGAGGGUCUUGGAGUCCGAGUUGGAGGACCAGCUCUCACAGCACCAGGGCUGUGCCCAGCAGGCUGAGGAGGUAGCCACCCUGAAGCAGCAGCUAGCUGCCCUGGACAAGCAUUUGCGUAGCCAGCGACAAUUCAUGGAUGAGCAGGCUGCUGAGCGUGAGCAUGAGCGCGAAGAGUUUCAGCAGGAGAUCCUGAGGUUAGAGGGGCAGCUCCGCCAGGUUGCCAGACCACGGUCCCCAGGUCUCCUUGAUAGCCAGUGUGUGCAGUUGGAUGAGAAGGUAGGAAUUGUUAAAGAAAAACUGAGAGAAAAAUCAGAUGGGUUUAAUGACUUGAUCAUAAAGAAAGAGUUAGCAGAUCAGCAACUCUUAAUCCAGGAAGAAGAAAUUAAACGUCUUGAGGAGACCAACGCCAACACCCUAAGACAAGUGGCCCAACUCCAGGAAGAACUAGAAAAACAGAAAAAAACUGUGAAAGAACUACAGGAUAAAGAGAGUCUGAAGGGACAGCAGGUGAGCGAUUCACUGCUGACGCCCAUGUCACAGUCUAGGCUCGAUGAAGGCAGCUGUUCCAUGCCUCCUUCAGGCAGCUCUCCUGAGGGUCUAGAAGUCCAGCUAGACACAGCACAGAGGACACUCUUGCAGCGUGAGACCGAGGUUUCAGACUUAAAAGAACAGCUAGAAAAGAUUAAAGCUGACUUACUAAGUAAAAACGAAGAAAUACUACAUCUGAACUUAAAACUGGAGAUACAGAACAACCCCAUUCCUGUUAACAUCCAAGAACUUCAAGAGGAGAAUGCCAGUUUAAAGGUUAUGUACAGCAGAAGUUCUGAGGUUGAAGAGCUGAAAGGUAUCAUUGAAAAUUUACAAGAGAACCAAGAACGAUUACAGAAGGAUAAAGCAGAAGAAAUUGAACAGCUCCAUGAAGUCAUUGAAAAGCUGCAGAGUGAACUGACCCACAUGGGGCCCAUGGUGCAUGAGCUCAGUGACUGUCAGGCUGACAGUCUCCACAGCGAGCUACUCUGCUUCCAGGGCGAGGGCCCAAGUGGUCAAGCACUGCGGACUGAGCUAGAAGCUGCGCUUGCGGCCAAGGAGACCUUGGGCCAGCUGCUAGCCGAACAGGCCCAAGGACAUAGCCAGGCCCUAGAGGCACUGCAGCAGCGCCUACAAACUGCAGAGGAGGCUGCCUCGCAGCAGCUAGUAAAACUAGAACACAGUGUGGCCCUCAGGGAGGCUGAGGUGGGGGGCAUGGCCUCCCGGAUCCAGGAGUUUGAAGCUGUCCUGAAGGCAAAGGAAGCAGUCAUUGUCCAGAGAGAUUUGGAGAUUGAUGCUAUGAACAAGCAGAAAGAGGCUCACACCAUCGAGCUGGAGGCUAUCCUGUUGGCCUUGGCACGCUUCUGUUACACCCUGGAACAGCAGCCUCUGGGUGCCCCGGGUGAGCCUCCCGAGCUGCAGCAGCUGCGAGUGCAGUGUGCCCGCCUUAACCACCAGCUGCAGGUGCUUCACCAGCGGUUCCUGAGGUGCCAGAUGGAGCUGGACCAGCAGCAGGCCCAUGGGGUGGCACACCGCCCGCACCCUCAUGCAGACAGACAGGCUGAGCAUUAUGGUCAACUGGAACAGGGCAGCAGUAGCAGGCGGCCGACCUCAGCCCCCCAUGGCUGUGGCCAAUGGGACAAUCUGCAGCCUGCCAAAGUACUGGUGACGCUGAAGGACUCCGGUCUGCACAAAGCAGAAAGCAUGAUGUCGGUGCUCACAGUGUGCCAGAGACAGCUAGAGGCAGAGCUGCUCUUGGUGAAAAAUGAAAUGUGCUUGAACAUGGAUAGUGACAAGGUGGCAGAAGCGGUGCAGGGUAAGGAAAAGCAACUAGAAGAUUGUCAGCUGAGGAGUGUUGACCUCAUAGCUCAGGUGAAACAACUUCAGGAAAAACUGAACUGUCUGGUAUAUUCUAUGGCCUUCCAGGACAUCCACAUGGAACACCUUAAGUUCCAGCAGCACUCAGCAUCGCCAUGCCCAGCAGAAAAUGGUUCCAGUGAUGAUUCCCACAAUGGCAAAGAAACAGAUGCCUCACCUCCUGUUGACAUGUUUAAUAUCGACAAAGCCACAUGGGAUCUAAGUGGUAUUACUAAAAACCAAGAGUUGAUGGAAAAUGAAAUGCCAGAUUUUCUAACUCAAGAAAAGUUAGUGUUGAAGGAUAAGCCUCUUUCCUUACAAACUAGUGUGCAUAGCAGCUCCUUCCACAUUGAAGAGGCUGAGCCCCAGAAGGAUGGUGUGAGGGCACUGGACCUGUCUUCUUGGACCCCCGAGGUCUUCCGAAAAGACUUGACUCCUGAGCGUCAGCCCAGUCUCCCUGUGACACCUUGCUCAGAUGCUGUGAGCCUGCAAAGUGCUGACACCUCCCCGCAGGACCGGACAGACUCCCUGCUAUGGGCCGAUGCGUCUGGGCUGCUUUGUUACCCAGGCAGGUCAGCAGCAGGACCGGCCCCACAGUGGGUGGUGGCUCCAUCUGCUGGGCAGCACCAUGUGGACAGGACAGCCCUGGAGAAGGACAUCGAAGACUUUAUCAUAACAACCUUUGAUUCUCAAGAGCCAUUAAGAUCCCCUCCUCUUGGGUUAGAAGGAAGAAGCAAUGGAAAUGAAAAAAGUGACUGCCCAGGUGUUGGUGCAAUGCUGACCCUGAGUCUAGGAGGACCUGAGGCUCCCACCUCUGAUUCUGUGGCUGCUUUUGUUGCUCCCACCUCUGGAGGGUUUCGACGGUCACUAGGAGUGAUGAAGGAGAAGGACAUCCACUCGAAGCAUGUGAAGGCUUUGCUGCAGAUGGUGUUGGAAGAGAGCCACCAGAUAUUGGCCUUGUCAGAGAACCAAGACCUUCCCAGUCCUCUGAGCAGGGGUGAACCACGUGCCCCACUGGAUGGCUGCCUGCGGGAGAGGCAAGGCCUACUGGAGACAGUGCCUGAGAAAGAAGAGAAGGACCCUUCUGAGACACGCCUUGUCUGGAGUGGGGAGCUUCUGCAGGCUGUGCAGGAGGUAUUUGAGAAGGAGCGGGAGACUCUGAAUGCCAAGCUGCAGUCCAGACCGGGUGACUCAGACCUGGGGCCUUACUGCUCCCUGUUGGAGAGACUGGAGAAGGUUAUCCAAGAGCAGGGAGACCUUCAAGAGAAGGCCCAGGAACAUCUGCACCUACCGGCUAGGAGUAGCCUACUGUCUGAGAUCCAGGCCCUGCGUGCCCAGCUGCGCAGGACUCACUUGCAGAACCAGGAGAAGUUGCAGCAGCUGUGCGCAGCGCUGACCAGUGCAGAGGCCCGAGGGAGCCGGCGGGAACACCAGUUGCGUAGGCAGGUUGAACUAUUGGCGUAUAAACUUGAGCAGGAAAAGUAUAUAGCCAGUGACUUACAGAAAACCCUAAGCAAAGAGCAAGAGAAAGUGAGUGACACCCAGAAGCGCCUAGUGGUGGAACAGAGUGCUGUGCAGGACUUGAAAUCAGAGCUGCAUGAGUGUAAGCAGGAGAACUCAAGGCUGUUGGAGUCCCUUGGCAAGGUGCAGCAAGAAGUCCUCCAGUUGAGGUCACUGCUGGACAGGAAGGAGAAUGACCUGAAGGCUGCGCUUGAGGAGCUGGAGUGUGAACGUGGGAAGGAGCGAGCCCUCCAGGCCCAGCAGGAGGAACAGCGGCGGCAUCUGCAGUGGGAGGACCAGAGCUCCAAGGCCCUGGAGGAGUUAAAAAUAUCUUUGGAGAAGCAUCGUGCUCAAAAUAAUCAACUAUGUGUUGCAUUGAAACAUGAGCGUGCUGCGAAGGACAACCUGCAGAAGGAACUGCAGAUCGAGUGCUCGCGCUGUGAGGCCUUACUGGCACAGGAGCAGAGCCAGCUCUCUGAGCUGCAGAAGAACCUGGAGGCUGAGAAGAGCCGCUCAAUGGAGCUGUCGGAGGCCUUACAGCACGAACGGCUCCUGACAGAGCAGCUGAGCCGCAGUGUGCAAGAGGCCUGUGCCCGCCAGGAGACACAGGCACACCACACCUUGCUGCGGAAGCUGAAGGCAGAGAAGGCCCGCACGCUGGAGCUGCAGGUGGUGCUUGAGAAGGUGCAGCAGCAGGCCGUACACGCACAGCAGCAACUGGAGGCCCAGGCGCAGGAGCGCUGUGCAGAGCUCAGGAAAGAGAAGAAGCGAGAAUUAGAAUUGCAGCACCAGCGUGAUGAGCAUAAGAUUGAACAGCUUCAGCAGACAGUGAGAGAGCUGCGAUGGAAAGAGGAGGUACCUUGGGGUGAUGGCCCCUGCCUGGGCUCCCCCCGGCCCGGCUCCCUAGAGUUGAACCAUUUCCGGGAACAGCAGCAGGAGCUGGAGAAGAUACGGCAGCAGCUGCUCUGUGUGGCUGGGCUCCUGACCAGCUUCGUCAACCACACCGUGGACAGGACAGUUAACAAUUGGACAUCGUCCAAUGAGAAGGCAGUGUCAUCCUUAGUACACACUCUGGAGGAACUGAAGUCUGAGCUGAGCACGCCCGCCUCCUCCAAGAAAAAAAUGGCAGCAGAGCUACAAAUCCAGCUUGUGGAUGUGUUGCUGAAAGACAACGAUUCUCUUACAAAAGCCAUCAGCACAGUCACCCAGGAGAAAGCAGAACUGUCCAAGGCAGUGUCCAGGCUUGAGAAGACCCUGAAGCACCAUGUACAGAAGGGCUGCACCCUUAGUAGGCCAGGCAAGUCUGUUUGGAAGCAAGAUGGGACAGUUUUGCACAAUUCUUCACAACACUCAGACCCAGGACAGCUAAUGCCACCUGCAAGCGAAGAUAUGAAUAUCUGCCAUGUCAAGAUGGAAAAAUUGUACUUGCAUUAUCUGAGAGCAGAGAGUUUCAGAAAAGCUCUAAUUUAUCAAAAGAAGUAUCUUUUAUUGCUGAUUGGUGGGUUCCAAGACUCUGAACAGGAAACCCUCUCCAUGAUCGCUCACUUGGGGGUGUUUCCUUCCAAAGCAGAUAAGAAAGUGGCCACAUCACGUCCUUUCACGAAGUUCCGCACUGCUGUCAGGGUGGUCAUCGCAGUGUUGAGAUUACGUUUUUUGGUUAAGAAGUGGCAAGAAGUUGAUCGGAAAGGAGCUCUAACACAAGGCAAAGCCCCUCGCCCAGGGUCCCGAGCACCACGGCGGCAGCAGUCUUCAUCAAAAACCAGAGGGUCCCUCCCAACUCGUGAUGUGUCUUUAGGCCAUCCCCAGGACUCUGUGCAUGGCUCUGGACCUGCAGCAGCCUCCUCAAGCAGAGGAGUCAGAUCUACUUCAUCCCCAAAUUCAAGAUUAGAAAGAUCCCUGACUGCAUCUCAAGAUCCGGAACCCUCCUUGACAGAAUAUAUUCACCAUUUAGAAAUGGUUCAGCAAAGACUGGUGGGGUUGCCACAAGAUUCUACUUCAAAGAACUCCUGUCACCAGAAGAUUAAACAGUGAAUAAAGUCCUGUGAUUUUUAACCUGUGACAAUUCUAUUUGAGGAAAAGACGUUUAUUCCUAAGGAAAGUUCAUGGUGUGGCCUUGGACACAGCCCUCAGGUGCCACCAAGUGUCCCUCUUCACAUCACUGCAAAGCCACAUGGCGUGCUUUCUGUGACCUCGGCAUGCUUUGCUCCUUACCUCCCUUGAAUGAUGCUGCGUGCUGUUCUGUGCCUGUUGGCAGAGCCACUCGUCUCUUCCACGGAGGGAAGUGGUUUCCAGUUAAUUAUUUUCUUAAAUGUACAAAUGGAAACUUCAUUUAAAAAUGAACACACACACACAGAGGAAGGAAGGAAUAAAGUGAAAGCACUGUUCUGUUGUGGAUGGUCUUGUGUUGUUUUACUUCAUCUAGUUUGCUUUUGUCAUUGAUUUAAAAAAAAAACUUAGAAUUUAUGUCAGACUCCUCUAAGUCAAGAAUUUUUUUUUAAGUUUUACCAGGUUUUGAACUCAGGGUGUUGUGCUUGCCAGGCAGGCGUUCUACCACUUGAGGCAUGCCCCUAACCCUCAAAUCACUCUUCACUUGAUGAAGACACAGCCUCUUGCCAACUGCUUAUCACUUUCAUUUUAUUUCUGAAUGGUGCUGCCACAGCCCACCACCUUCUUUCAGCUACCACCGUUGGAUGACUCACCCAUACUCAUGACCUGGUGUCCAUCAUCCAGACCUGUACUGUAUAGAUGUAUGUAUGAAAGUAUAGCACACAGACAUUUAUACACACACAGGGUUAGUAAACAUGGCAAUUUUAAAAAAAUAGUAAAUCUCGAUAGUGCAUCUAUUGUUAUUUAUUUAAACUUUCCCAUAAUGAAAAACAAAAACAAAAAAAGCACAGUCAACUACAGUGUGGCCCAGGAAUGCCUUAAUCAAAUACAUAGCAUCAUAUGAGUCAGAACCUAGGCUGUAAAACCAACCACUCUGGGUUUUCAAAGGGAAUUUAAUAUAGGAAUUUGGUUGCUCUAAUGAUGGAGCAGCAGAGUCACAAAGCAACAAGGUGAGACAACCCAAAGAUGAACAGCAGCUGGAAGCUCUCACCUUUGGGCAAGAGGAACAGUGCAAUUGUUCUGGGACUCAAGGGGCAGGCCCCCUCUCUCAGGAGACAAUCCCCAAGGAGACACAUCAACCUCCACAGAGAGCAGCCACCCUCCACAGAGUGAAAGAAAAAUGCCUGUCUUUUCCUUCCUGCCUUUCCACUUGCCAAAACCAGACAAGGGAGCCUGGGCAGCUGUGCAGCAGAGAUGAAGAGGAAUCAAUCUGACUGCACACAGGUAUGUGCUGGCCACCAGAGCCACCCCUUUGAUACUGAGCAUUUGAUCUCACUUUCUUACCCAUAUUUAAUUGCAAAAUGUAACUUGAUAUACACCUGCCUGAUGUGAGGUAAGAAAAAAAAAAUGUUUUAUCUUGUCCAAAGCCCUUGAGAUGUAAUCCAAGCUGGCCAGGGGAUACGUAGUUGCCUGAGAUCUGGCAACUGGGAGCUGGUUUCUAAGGUGAGUGCACCACUAACACAUCAUACAAAGUUGGGGAGGUGAAAAGGGGAAAUGACAGAAAGCAAAAGUUCUUCUGGGGCCAUUCCUGUCCCUUGUGUUCUCAGGACCUGGGAGAAACAGUACCCUAUACUAUUCACACAAGACACAUGUCACCUCUUGUAUUUCAGCAUUGCACAUGACAGUGUAUAGUCUUCAGACUGGCCUUUCCACUAUCCUCCAGAUAAGCUACCUCUGGGUAAUGGGAGUGUAUGGCAU